AUGAAUCAUUAAUCUGUCCACUUAAUCCAGAAAUAUGCUAAGAAUCCAUGGCAUCAUGUACAUUAUGGUAAUGAUAGUCCAAAAAUUGUCAAUGCUAUCAUAGAAAUCACAAAAGGCAGCAAAGCUAAAUAUGAAUUGGAUAAGGAUAGUGGUCUUUUGAAAUUGGAUAGAGUCUUAUUUUCAUCUGUUCAUUAUCCUGCCAAUUACGGUUUCAUCCCAUAAACUUAUUGUGAUGAUAAAGAUCCUUUGGAUAUAUUAGUGUUAUGUUAAGUUGAAAUAGAACCAAUGUGUUUAGUGGAGGCUCGAGUGAUCGGAGUCAUGCAUAUGGUUGAUUAGGGAGAAAUAGAUGAUAAGAUAAUUGCCGUAGCCAAAAAUGAUGCAUCCUAUUAGGGAAUUAAUGAUUUAAAGGAUAUUCCUUUGCAUACUACUCUAGAAAUCCAAAGGUUCUUUGAAGAUUACAAGAAACUUGAACAUAAACAUGUAGUUGUUGAAGAAUUCAAAGGAAAAGAAGAUGCCUACAAAAUUAUCGAAGAAAGCAUUAAACUUUAUGAAGAGAAGUUCUUGAAGAAUUUAUGA